UUUCCAUCUCGUCGUCUCAAACUCCACUACUUGAAAUCGAAGUCUGCAUUCUCUGAUUGGGACUUCAACAAAAGGUUUUCGUGCUUCGCUGAUUCUUUAAGAGCAACAGUUUUCGAAGUUAAUCAGGUAUUUUAAAUAGCCAAAUCCCAGAUGGAGUUCACUUGGCAAUGAAGUAAAAUAGAUGAGGAGAGGUUACCAUUUGAAAAGCUCAAUUGCUUUUGUGUUCUUUGUGGUGUUUCUUUGUUUUAUUUCGUUAUUGAUCAUUACGAUGAUGAAAGUUCCGGACAUUAUCACCAGCAACGGUUCAAUGUCCUUUUACAACAACAUGAACUCGCUUAAAGCCUCCGAUAACUACAACUCAAUCGGUUCUUUUGGAAAUAUGAUGAUCAAUAUGUUACCUGAAGAUCUCACUUUCACCGUUUUUCUCCCUUCGGAAACGGCUUUCGAGCGUGAUUUGAGGUUAAACACGAGUGAUAGUUUGGUAGGGGAAAAGAUGAACGAUACGUACGCACUCAUCUCUCGUGUGUUGGGUUUCUCAGCCAUUCCUCGAGUUCUCGACUCAACUAUGGUGUCGGCCGGCAAAGAGGUGUCAUAUGAUUCGUUGUCGGGGUUUGAGUUGUUUGUUUCGAAGGAUGAAGGUGGAGUGUUGGUGGUUAAUGGAGUGAAGUUGGAGAGGGUUGAUAUAAGGAGAGGGAAGCUUGUUGUGCAUGUUAUAGAUGGGGUUAUUAUGGAUGCCGAGUUCGAGCAGUCGGUUCAGCCUGAUUUUGAUGAAGAUGAUUGACUCAAACGAGGCACAAUUUCAUG